AACCCCCCGUAUUAAAACGUCCGAAGGAUCCAAAUAGCGCCAUAUUUAGUUGCAUCAUGGAACGGAGCGACGGACCGUCAAAUGAGCCGUGUGAUCAUAGUGUGUCGAUUUGCGGCACAGCAGAUCUUGGCAGGGGUUUAAGUAAGAUGAGAAUUCCCGUAAAAGUCGUCGAACCCAAGCUUACUCUCGUUAAAAUAACACGUUUACUAAUCUCACUCUUUCCACACUCGUUUAAAACCAAAAGCUUCAAUAUGACACGGUCAAUCGCUCUCGCUGCCAUUCUUUUCGCCCUGCCCAUCAUGGCAAAGACAGACCUCGAGGGAUGUACUUCCUUCACCAGCACUGUCGUCGUUGAUCCUUCGCCUGGCUAUGGAAACACAUAUGAGACUGUGAUCUGGUAUGUCUCUGACACCCUUGAGAUUUGCAAGGGCGUCGACUGUGGAGGAGGACGUGCGCCUCCUCGAAGUGUCCCUGGAUGCCCCAUCUAUAAAGGCACCGAGACUGUGACACCCGAGUUUCUGGACCGCGAUCCUAUGGCGCCCAUGACUACGGCGCCUUCGAAGGGGAAGGCUAGUCAAGUUACUGAGCCCACAGUCACCUCGGAAUCUGAAGCUGAGGAGACUGAGACUGAGUCCAUGGAGGUUACGACCACUGAGACUCCUGACGAUACCAAGCCAACCGAGACUUUUACCAAGUCAACAGUCGAAACCAAGGAGCAAGAGCCCGAAACCACAGCUGUCGUGAGCAAGUCAGUCAUCAAGUCCAACGAGACUAUGACGCAGACUCAAAGUGGUUCGGGCCAGACAAGCGCGAGCGAGGAGACUCCCACUGCUAGCUCUGUUGAUGCCGAUAAUGCUGGAGCAGGAGUUAUGGUCAAGGCUGCUGGCGUUCUUGCUGGAUUCAUCGGUGCCCUUGUCUUGGUUCUAUAAGUUGGGUGCAGUCCAGUUGAUUUAGGGUGGAUGUAAUGGUAUUGAGAAAUGCUCCGGGGGGGCUGAGUGGGAAAAGAGAUUUGGAGCGUCGGUAGAGAGGCCAGGAGCUGGAGGCACAUCUGCCGAAUAGCAUGAUAUGAUAAAUUUCGGCAACCUUCAGUUUGGAAGUUCUAUAUAUGUCGAUUUACAAACUGAUUAACG